AUGGUACACUGGAUAAGAUCAAAGAAUCUUCCAUAUUCUGUUGUAGAAAUAAGAUUAAUGACAGCAUCUUGUAAAGUAUGUGCUGAGAUAAAACCACGGUUCUGUCAAUCAAAAGGCCAGUUGAUAAAAGCUAUUGCUCCAUUCGAGAGAAUAAAUAUCGAUUUUAAAGGCCCACUCCCAUCGAAUACUCAAAACCGAUACCUACUGACAAUUAUAGACGAGUACUCGAGGUUUCCGUUUGCGUAUCCCUGCAGUAAUUUAUCGGCGGCUACAGUGAUACGAUUUUUUUUUUAUAAGAUAAGGGUGACAAACGAGCACACAGUCCACCUGAUGGUAAGUGGCUGCUGCGGCCCAUAG